UCUCGGUGUCGGCUAGGAGAGAGCCCUAGCCUGUCGCUGUGUGUAAUGGACCUGAGCGUUUCUCCACCCGAAUUGCAUGCCGGGCCUCGCCGGGCCCCGGCGGCGCGGUGGCCGCGGAACCGCCGCGCAGUCCACCGCCCUCUGCUGGGCGGGCGGACGCAGUGCCCAGCGCCGCCGCCGGACUCGGCCAGGUGAGAGCCGGACUUUUCCAGAAAUGGCAGCAAGUCUUUUGAAGACAUCCUCUAUGUCUCUAAGGACAAAAUUGCUACAUCAGACGGGAUUGUCACUUUAUAAUACAUCUCAUGGCUUCCACGAGGAGGAAGUAAAAAAAAAACUUCAGCAGUUUCCUGGUGGAUCCAUUGACCUUCAGAAGGAAGACAAUGGCAUUGGCAUUCUUACUCUGAACAAUCCCAGUAAAAGGAAUGCCUUCUCGGGUGUUAUGAUGCUACAACUUUUAGAAAGAGUGAUUGAAUUGGAAAAUUGGACCGAGGGGAAAGGUCUCAUCGUACGUGGGGCAAAAAAUACAUUCUCCUCAGGAUCUGAUCUGAAUGCUGUGAAAGCACUAGGGACUCCAGAGGAUGGAGUGGCCUUAUGUAUGUUCAUGCAAAACACCUUAACAAGAUUGAUGAGACUUCCUUUAAUAAGUGUUGCCCUGGUUCAAGGCUGGGCCUUGGGCGGAGGAGCAGAGUUUGUCACGGCAUGUGAUUUCAGAUUAAUGACGAGAGAGAGUACGAUCAGAUUUGUUCACAAGGAAAUGGGCAUAAUACCCAGCUGGGGCGGAGCUACCCGACUGGCUGAUAUUAUUGGCAGUAAACAAGCUCUCAAAGUGUUAAGUGGGGCUCUCAAACUGGAUUCAAAACUAGCGUUAAGUCUAGGGAUGGUGGAUGAGGUCUUGCAGUCCUCAGAUGAAGCCGAGAGUCUAAAAGAGGCCCAAGAAUGGCUCAAUCAGUUUAUCCAAGGGCCGCCGGAAGUGAUCAGAGCUCUGAAAAAAACCGUUUCUUCAGGCAAAGAGCUUUGUUUCGAGGAGGCAUUACAGACCGAAAGAGAUCUUGUUGGGACACUUUGGGGUGGACCGGCAAAUUUGGAGGCUAUUGCUAGGAAAGGAAAAUUUUGUAAAUAGUUGCUUUUAAAUAUGGUGUACUGCACCUCCAAUUUAAUGUGUGGAAAAGUUAAAUAUUGAAUGUGCGUGGGUUUGUUUUUAAUCAUUUUUUGAAUACCUAAACUCAGUGGCAUGGCUUUCAGUAUACUGUAAUCCCCCCCUACCUGCAGGGAAUAGAUUCCUUGACCCCCAGCGGAUGCCUGAAACUGGAUAUACUGAAUCCUGUGAUGCUUACAUACCUAUGAUAAAGUUCAAUUUAUAAGUUAGGCACAGUAAGAGAUUAACACAACUAGUAAACAAUGAUAAUAUUCUGUAAUAAAAGUUACGUGAAUGU